GCCGCGGCCGCCCCCCGCCCCGGAAGGACAAGUGGGCUCUGGGAAUAUGGCAGCGGCGGCGGGAGCGGCGGCUGCCGCUCCGGUGUGUGUGCUAGUGCUGGGCAUGGCCGGCUCGGGAAAAACCACCUUCGUGCAGCGCCUGGCCGCCCACCUGCACGGGCAGCGCUGCCCUCCGUACGUGAUCAACCUGGACCCUGCCGUGCACAGCCUGCCCUUCCCCGCCAACAUCGAUAUCAGGGACACUGUGAAGUACAAAGAAGUCAUGAAACAAUAUGGGCUGGGCCCAAACGGCGGAAUAGUGACCUCUCUCAAUCUCUUUGCUACAAGAUUUGACCAGGUGAUGAAGUUUAUUGAAAAAAGGCAAAAUGCAUGCAAGUAUGUUAUUAUUGACACACCAGGGCAAAUUGAGGUAUUUACUUGGUCAGCAUCAGGAACCAUCAUAACUGAGGCCUUGGCCUCCACUUUCCCUUCAGUUGUUGUCUAUGUGAUGGACACCUCUCGCAGUACUAACCCUAUCACUUUUAUGUCCAACAUGCUCUAUGCCUGCAGUAUCCUGUACAAGACAAAGCUACCUUUCAUCGUAGUUAUGAACAAAACUGACAUAAUCGACCACAGUUUUGCAGUGGAAUGGAUGCAGGACUUUGAGACUUUUCAGGAUGCCCUGAAUCAAGAGACCUCCUAUGUCAGUAACCUGACUCGUUCCAUGAGUUUAGUGUUGGAUGAAUUUUACAGUUCACUGAAGGUGGUUGGUGUUUCUGCGGUGCUCGGCACAGGACUGGAUGAGUUUUUUAUCCAGCUUUCUAAAGCUGUAGAUGAAUACGAGAGAGAGUAUCGUCCAGAGUAUGAACGCCUGAGAAAAACACUAGAGGAAGCUCAAGAGAAACAAAAGAGAGAGCAGCUGGAGCACUUGUGGAAGGACAUGGGCAGUGUGUGUGUGCAGGGAAGCACACUGGCAGGACCUGAUGAUGCUUCUGCAAUGGGUCCCUCUGAGCUAAUCCUUACCCGAGGAACUCUCGAUGAAGAGGAAGAAGAGAGGGAGAGUGAUACUGACGACAUUGACCAUGAAGUGACUGAGGAGAGUCAUGAAGAGCCAGCCUUCAGAAACUUCAUGCAAGAUAUGCGGAUGAAAUGCCAGAGGAAAAGCAACCUGAAUGAAUGAGACCUUCACAAACAGAAGUAACUGUUGGUCAUGUGAGUUAAAGAUCUUGGAGCCAGCUGACUGCACAGUUUGCCAUCUGCCACCGUGGCUUCCUGAAGCUGAGGGAAUCGGAUAGCAGUUUCUUUUCCUCCAGAGUCUUCAGAUCUAUCUGUUGAGAGCUUAGAUUUUGAGCUCUGGCAGCAUUAGUAUCUGCAGCGCUAACUGGUCCCCAGAAACGUGUUCCAUUCGCGUGUGCACCCAGGUGUCUGCUGCAGCCAGGGCACAAGUGAUGCUGUACUGAACUUUAUCAAUCUACUUACUGUUUGAUGGUUUGGUUUGUAUUAAAUAUAUUUUAUGUACUAACAAGUGUGUGAUAGUAACAGAAGAAAAUUUCAUUUUAAGGACUGUU